GAUCCAAAGGCCUGGCUCAGGAGUGAUCCUGUGCCACCUGUACCAUCAAGAUCAAGAUCAAGAUCAGUGCUACGCACGUGCGAGAGAAUGCGAAGGGAAGACAACACUGGCGGGAUUCCUUUUUCUGCUGUUCUUGUGUAUCGAAGUAUUGACCAGGAGGCUUAAGACAGGCAUCCAAGCUCAGGAGCACAGUCCUUUAACACAACAUAACAUUGCCAACAACCCAAGACAAGCCAGCAUCUGUCUCAGGCUUUCCCAUCAUGGAAGAAAGUAGCCUUGAGCAGUUGUUUAUUGUGGAACCAGACUUCUGUCCAGCGUGUGGGGCCAUCCUGGCAUUACCAACAUCUGGCCCUCUCAUCAAGUGCAAGGUCUGCAGCUUCAGCAUACGCAUUGAAGUGCUUCUGGGACACACCACCACCUCCUCCUACCAGUUCAACCAUCGGGGGGUGUACUCAUCCUCUAAGAAGGGUCCUCAGGGUGAGGAGGAAGAGGAGGAAGAAUAUGGCCAGAGGGAUCCACACCGAGAGUGUAGCAAAUGUGGGCACAUGGGCAUGUCGUACACCACUAUGCAGCUGCGCUCAGCAGAUGAAGGACAGACCAUCUUCUACCUAUGCCCAAAAUGCAGACACCGAGAAGUGGAGAAUUCAUAAUGGACGCUGCAAGAACUUCCAUGAUUACAUAUGGAGACUUGGUGCCAACAUCCUCAAGACUCACCUUGGCUUACCUUGGCUCUCAUACUUGGUAAAGUGAGAAGUCCUCUUGUUCAAUAAUGAUGUUACAGUGUACAAUAUUAAGAGAAAGCUAAUUUAAUCUAUUCCCACCACUUACUUGAGAUGGAAGUAUCCUUGUGAAAAUAGGAUAUUCUCCUAUACAUCUCAUAUAUCCCAUCCAAUGCAAAGUAAAGAUGAUUAAAGAAUUCCUCUGAGUUGGGUAACUGAAACUAUACAAAAGAUUAGUGUAGAUCAGUUUGAAAUGAGGUUUGGAUUGCACUUGAUAAGUCAUUGGAACUAAAUGAUCAGUGGCUGUCCAAUAUUAAAUAUGGUGUGGACAGCCCUUAACCUGUAUAUACUAUGCAUAUAGUAAGUGAUGAUUGAUAAUGUGCAAUAGGAUGACAAUGGAGGCACACUCAUUAUAUGAUGUGACUGGUCGCAUCAAGAUUAGACCUGGCUGAAUUUUCUUACUGGUGCUUGACAUGAUUCCUUGCCUCCACAUGUCCCAGUGGUUAGGAUCAGGUGGUGAUGCAGUUGGUGAGGAACUACCAUUGCAAAUUUGUCAUCUCAUUGUCAGUAAUAUAAUUUUGAGUCUAGUGAAUUCCCAUCUUUUAAAGCAGAAACAAGUGGAGUGAGAAGGUAAAUGAUACAUAUGUGAAGUUUAACAAUAUUACUUUUAUUAACAUAACGUAGAAUAACAUAUAUUGCAUCCAUCCACAAAACAUUUGCCCUAAAAAUGCACUUCUGAACUGAAGUCCAACUUUCAUCCACAUCCCAUAACUUUAAUAAUGUCAGAGGAAUUAAAUAUAAUUUUCCCUCUAAAUUGUAUGAUACAUGGAAACGGAAUACCUGUACUUACAACAAGGAAAAUAAUUGUUCAUCACAAUACAGUUGAAAAGUGGAAGGUUGUAAGUAAUAAUCUGCAUAAAAAAUAAACUCUUCUCCUCCAUAAUUAAAUAGAUCACAAGGGCACCCAACAUGACCCCUGAUCCUCUCUUGAUCCAGCAUUAACAAGUAUCAAAAUGUCUAUAUACAAUAAGACUGAUUUAAGCUGUUCAUUUUAGCUUUUCUUCUCUAGUUCACAACAGAUCCUUCUUGUAGCAUAGCAGAUCUAGUGUUCACACUAGAUGGGUGUAUUAGAAGGACUUUUCUGGACUAGUCUGUGAGAGACUAAUGGCAGGAAAAAUGAACAACUUAAAACUGAAGAAUCCCUGUAGCCAUCUUCUGGUCUGAGCAUGUGUCACAAAUUAUCCACAGUAAUAACAGCAGCAGUAGUAGCAGCAGCUACCCAUGUUAUGCACCUUGUUACAGCACUUCUGGGAAUGACUGGCUCCAUACUGUUAUCUCAGGUCCUAACAUUCCAGUAGGCCUGACCAACAGAAACAACUUGCAUAGUAGACUCAGCCAAAAAAGCAAUGCCUGAGCCCUCUAGUGCCAGUUUUGCAGUGUAGAAGCCACCUUAGGAUAUGUAACACUGGUCCUACAUUCUUGCUGAGUAUUUGGGGUGCAGGGCGCUUCUGCAAAAAGCUGGUAAGGGAGUUGACGUGUGCAGCGAGAGGUUGUUCUGGCGGUUACUGUGGGACUACAGUUACUGGGAGAGGAAGAGGAGAAAGCAGAGGGCAUGGUAGGUAAGGUUUUGCAAGCAGUAGAAAAGGGAGGGCUUAUGGAAGAGGUGGCAACCAUAGAUGGUCCUACAGUACAUGGGGAGGAGGGAGAGGUGGUGGUGGCAAUCCAUGGGUAGUGCUGCCACAUGUCUCAGGACAGCAGUGCACGAAUCUCCUUGUGGACGUGACAGAGGAAGUCAACAUAACUAGGAGUGCCAUACAAACCCUUGUCCUCCACCAGGUAAUUCCUCAUCACCAUCUCGUGCUUGCCUUGCUGGGGGACCACAAACAUCUGUGCCAAAGGAGGGAAAAGAUGUGACAACUGAUCUAAAACUGACCAAACCUAAUAAACAUUAGUAAUUACAAGAGCAAUGGUCUUCAAGUUGGUGGUCAAAAUGCACAUCAAUUUUAAGGAUUUUUGUCACCCAUACUCUUUAUUUCAAUAUGCAUAUGUCUAUUAUGUGGCAAAAUUAUAAACAUCUGAAAAAGGCACCUCAUUAAAAGGAAUUCUAUAACAUAAAGGCAAGCUGCAGAGGUGAACAGUGAUGACUACUAUUCAUCAUAUUUGCUAAACUCAGAUUUCCUUUCCAGAGGUUAAACUCAAUGUACAAAAAAGUUAAAUACACAAUGCAGGAAAAAUAAAUCAAUCUUAAUACAUUUUUGUGAUAAGAUAUCACUUCGGUAAUUUUCAGAAUAGAUGAUGCUACAAGAACAUGAAAGGAGCUCAAGAAGACAAGGAGAGGAAGAGAUAAAAUGUAACAAAGUUACAACUUACUACAUAAAAUUAUUUGCUGUUCAACACAAUGUAUCACUAGAACCAGGUAAAAGGCAAAGACACCUACCCUCACGUGUUUCUUCCUUUGGCCCCGGACUGUGGCCACGAUAUCUCUGACUCGCCUGGAGGUGGCGUUGUCCCUCUCCGGCAGCUCAGCCAUCACUGGAUCCAGCUGGUGUGGAGCAGCAACACCAAACACAUCUCCCAACCAGGAGGAAGGAGUAUUGGAGCCAACCCACACAAACAUCUGCAAUCCAUUUUCCAGCAAGAAGACGCCUUCAGGAUGCAGCUUGUCGUACGACGUGCGCAGUGGAGCAGGCAGCCCUGUGCUCUGUGGGUAGAGUUGUACAACUGGUAUUAAUAUUGUAAAAUUGGCAGAUGUAUGUGGUUACAUAGAAAAACAGGGUAUAACACACCUUGUGGUCUUCACAAGGUGACCUGACCUAGGAAUACUUAGAUGAUACUAGAAGAAAAGGACAGGAAAGCAGAAGGCUCUCUCCCCAACCCUCCACUCCCUCCAGCAUUAAGCUGUACAGGAAAACAGGUCGGAAAGGGCUAGAGAAGGGCUUACAGAGUUAGAGAAAGAAAAACCCAAAGGAAAUUUUAUAGAAAUGAAAAUAGAUGAAGUGAGGUGCCCCCAUUUCCUGAACACAAAGAAGUUAAUCACUAACAAAUAAACGCUGUUACCCACAGAUUGCUGGCAAAAUAUUUAUCAAGACAGCAUUUAAAAAUCUCUACAGUGUUGCAGUCUAUCACGUCUCGAGAAAGCCCAUUCCAUAGAUUUACCACUUGGUAGAAAAAAAAAAUAAAUAAAAAUUUGAGUUGAAGUUGCAACAAUUUUGGAAAUGGUUGCAACAAUUUUGCAACCAUUUCCUCAUGUGUAAUUUGAAGAGUCUAUCAUGAAAUAUUUACUGUAGUCCAUGUUAUCAAUGCCUUUGAUGAUUUUAAACACUUGUAUUAAGUUGCUAUUUAGUCUUCUUUGUGUUAAUGGGAAUAGAUUUAAUUCUUUAAGACACUCUUCAUAUGCUGUGUUUCUUAGGCUCGGUAUCAUUUUUGUUACUCUACACUGAACUCGUAAUUUAUCAGUGUCUUUCUGGUAAAAGGGGCACCAUAUCUGAACACAAUAUUCCAAAAGGGGACAGACUAGAGUUAUACAAAGUGAGGAUUGAGAGAGAGAGAGAUUUACACCACUGUAAUUACAUUGAGUUGACUAUGAAAUGUGUUAGCCUAUUCUCAAACUACUAUCUGUAAUAGCAUGCCUCUUUCCUCUUGGACAGAACUGUAGCAUGGAUAUUUUCCCAUUUAAAAAUUGUCAUUGUAUUUGGUAAUAGAUGAAUGGCCUGGGUGCAAACUGGGGCUGGGUUGGAAGAAUACUAAUGAAAUCCCAAUAAAAAGUCACUGAAAGAGACUGUGAAGGGACGAUGUCUCCUCUUGUAUUUUUAUUCACUAUAAUAAGUAAUAUUCUGUCUCAAUAAUCCUUCUUUAAGAGGUACCUCAGUCUAGUGCAUAGUAUACUAAAUUGAGAGGGUGGCCUUGUAUCAAUGUAGAAACAUCAAUAAAUAUUCCAUCUUUUAAA